AGUAUUAUGGUCUUAUGCGUCGUCGGUGGAUCGUGGAAUCUUCAUCGUCAUUAAUUAACCAUACCAUCUCUCUCUCUCUCUCUCUCUCUCUCUGUAACCAAUUAACCAUAUGUCUAUCUCCCCGGCCCUUUUUCUCUCCUCUCUCUCUUAAGUAACAUCAUUCCAUUUCCUUUUCAUACCUUAUGACCACACGCCAUCGUGCCUAAAAGAGAGGACCAUAGAGAGAGAGAUCACGUACGUAAAAAUGGCAGCUCUUGCAUCAGAUGCUAAUGAGCUUCCUCCUAGGAAAAUGAUUACGGCAGGGGGUGCAGAUGACGCUGCUCAUGAUCACGAUUCUUCUUCAUUCCCCACUCCCGCAGCUUCCUCUUCCCUCAACCCCAAGCCUAAUAAUAAGCCAGCCCUCCCUUGGAAGACCCGCAUCGCCAUCGCCCUCCUCUCCCACGUCACCGACUUCGCCCGCCGCUCCGACGGCUCCAUCAACCGCCGCCUCCUCCACUUCCUCGACUUCACCUCCCCGCCCACCCCCUCCACCCGCCGUGGCCACGUCUCUUCCUCCGACAUCACUGUCGAUCCCGCCCGCCACCUCUGGUUCCGCCUCUUCUCUCCCAGCUCCCCCGGCCCCCUCCCCGUCAUCUUCUUCUUCCACGGCGGCGGCUUCGCCUUCCUCAGCCCCGCCUCCAGCGCCUACGACGCCGUCUGCCGCCGUCUCUCCCGUGAGCUCCCCGCCAUCAUCAUCUCCGUCAACUACCGCCUCUCCCCGGAGCAUCGCUUCCCCGCCCAGUACGACGAUGGGUUCGACGUCCUCAGGUACGUGGAUGAGCACCCGUACGAGCUGCCCCAGAAGGCAGACCUGGGCCGCUGCUUCCUCGCCGGGGACAGCGCGGGGGCCAACAUCGCCCACCACGUGGCAGUAAGGGUAUGCAAGUCGUCGUCGAGCAGCUGCUGCUUCGAGGCGGUCAGGAUCAGGGGAUUAAUCUCGAUCCAGCCGUUCUUCGGCGGGGAGGAGCGGACGGAGGCAGAGAUCCGGCUGAGGAACGCGCCGGUGGUGUCGGUGGAGCGGACGGACUUGUGCUGGAAGGGGUUCCUGCCGGAAGGGGAGGACAGGGACCACUGGGCGGCGAACGUGAGUGGGCCCAAGGCAGUGGACAUAGCGGGGGUGGAGGGGUUCCCGGCGGUGCUGCUGUUCGUGGCGGGGUUCGACCCGCUGAGAGACUGGCAGAAGAGGUACUACGAGUGGCUGAAGAGGUCCGGCAAGGAGGCGGAGAUGGUGGAGUAUCCCAAUAGCAUCCACGCCUUCUAUGUCUUCCCGGAGCUGCCGGAGUCCGCCCAGUUAGUCUCGGAGAUGAAGAAUUUCGUCGACCGGAAAAUCAAAUCUUCUUUUUAAAUUAACUUAAUUUACCAGGAACAGAGAAGAAAUUAUUAUUAUUAUAUUUAAGAUUGUAUAUGACAAUUUACAAUUAUUCUCGUACUAUUAUAUUAUAGAUAUAUAUAUGAAUUUUGCAUUGGGCGGUUGGUUGGUUGUACUUAUAGUACGCGUUAAUUAUCUCGAUGGGAUAUUAAUGAAUUAUUGUACUGCACCUUUUCUA